CCGGCGCGUUAGGAAGGAGGCUGGUGCAUGUGGGCUCUCCGCUCGGUGCUGCUGUUGCGCUCCGCGGCCGGGCGCGCCAUGUCGCAGGGGCCCGCCCGCCGCCAGCGGCCGCCCAAGGACCCGCUGCGGCACCUGCGCACGCGGGAGAAGCGCGGCGCGGCGUGGGAGCCCGGGGGCCCGAACACCGUGUACCUGCAGGUGGUGGCGGCCGGCGGCCGGGAUGUGGGCGCGGCGCUCUACGUGUUUUCCGAGUACAACCGGUACCUCUUCAACUGUGGAGAAGGCGUCCAGAGGCUCAUGCAGGAGCACAAGUUGAAGGUGGCUCGUUUGGAUAACAUAUUCCUGACCCGAAUGCACUGGUGUAAUGUGGGGGGGUUGUGUGGAAUGAUUCUUACCUUAAAGGAAACUGGGCUCCCAAAGUGUGUGCUUUCUGGACCCCCACAACUGGAAAAAUACCUAGAAGCUAUCAAGAUAUUUUCUGGUCCACUGAAAGGAAUAGACCUGGCUGUCCGGCCCCACUCGGCACCAGAGUACAAGGAUGAGACCAUGACUGUCUUCCAGAUCCCCAUAUACAGUGAGCACAAGUGUGGAGAACGCCGGUCAUCUCAGAGUCCAGAACGACUCAGUCCAGAGCGGUCUUCGGAUUCCGGGUCUGCUGAAAAGGAGCAGCACCUUCCAGAUGGUAUUGGCCAGAAAAAGAGCGGCAGGGACCCCUCCUUGGUUGUAGCUUUUGUCUGUAAGCUUCACGUGAAGAAGGGCAACUUCCUGGUGCUCAAAGCCAAGGAGCUGGGCCUGCCAGUCGGGACAGCUGCCAUCGCUCCCAUCAUUGCUGCCGUCAAGGACGGGAAGAGCAUCACUUACGAGGGCAGAGAGAUUUUGCCUGAAGAGAUCUGUACGCCUCCGGAUCCUGGUCUUGCCUUUGUUGUGGUAGAAUGUCCGGACGAAGGAUUCAUUCAACCCAUCUGUGAGAACGCCACCUUCAAGAGGUACCAAGGAAAUGCCGAUGCCCCCGUGGCGCUCGUGGUUCACAUGGCCCCAGAGUGUGUGCUUGCGGACCCCAGAUACCAGCAGUGGAUGGAGAGGUUUGGGCCUGCCACCCAGCACCUGGUCCUGAACGAGAGCUGCUCGUCGGUCCACAAUCUCCGCAGCCACAAGAUCCAGACGCAGCUCAGCCUCAUCCACCCCACCAUCUUCCCCCCGCUCGCCACCCCCCAUGGCCAGGAGGAACACGCCACCUUCCCUGUGCCCACAGUCCGGGGCGAAUGUCUCCUCAAGUAUCAGCUCCGUCCUCGGAGGGAGUGGCAGAGGGAUGCUGUUAUUGUCUGCAAUCCCAAUGAAUUCAUAGCUGAGGCCCUGGAGCUCCCCAAUUUCCAGGAAAGCGUGCAGGAAUACCGGGAGGCCAUGCAGGACGGCCCAGCCCCAGCAGAGAAAAGAAGCCAGUACCCAGAAAUCGUUUUCCUCGGAACGGGCUCUGCCAUCCCCAUGAAGAUUCGAAAUGUCAGUGCCACGCUUGUCAACAUAAGCCCCGACGCGUCCCUGCUCCUGGACUGUGGCGAAGGCACGUUUGGGCAGCUGUGCCGUCACUAUGGAGACCAGGUGGACAGGGUCCUGGGCACCCUCGCCGCCGUGUUCGUGUCCCACCUGCACGCGGAUCACCACACGGGCUUGCUGAAUAUUCUGCUGCAGAGAGAACGGGCUCUGGCGUCCCUGGGGAAGCCGUGUCCCCCGCUGCUGGUGGUCGCCCCGACCCAGCUCAAGGCCUGGCUCCAUAUGUACCACAACCAGUGCCAGCAGCUGCUGCAGCACGUGAGCCUGAUUCCCGCCAAGUGCCUUCAGAAAGGAGCGGAGGUCUCCAGCCCCGCGGUUGAAAGGCUGAUUGGUUCGCUGCUGGGAGCGUGUGACCUGGAAGACUUUCAGACCUGCCUGGUCCGGCACUGCAAGCAUGCUUUCGGCUGCGCGCUGGUCCACACGUCCGGCUGGAAAGUGGUCUAUUCCGGGGACACCAUGCCCUGCGAGGCCCUGGUCCAGAUGGGGAAGGACGCCACCCUCCUGAUACACGAGGCCACGUUGGAAGACGGCCUGGAGGAGGAGGCUGUGGAAAAGACACACAGCACUACCUCCCAGGCGAUUGGCGUGGGGGUGCGGAUGAACGCGGGGUUCACCAUGCUGAACCACUUCAGUCAGCGCUAUGCCAAGGUGCCACUCUUCAGCCCCGACUUCAACGAGAAAGUGGGGAUUGCCUUUGACCACAUGAAGGUCGGCUUCGGGGACCUCCCGACGGUGCCCAAGCUGACCGCACCGCUCAAAGCCCUGUUUGCCGGCGACAUCGAGGAGAUGGAGGAGCGGAGGGAGAAGCGGGAGGUGCGGCUGGCGCGGACGGCCCUGCUGUCCAGGGAGCAGGCGGGUGGCCCCGAGGACGGGACGCCCCUGCAGAAACGGGCCCUCACAGAGCAGCCUCAGAGCCCCCAGAGCAAGAAGGUCAGGGCCCAGUGAGGGCGCGGGAGGGACCCUGGACUUGCAAGGCUGGCGUUCUCCACAUGGCACGGUGUGGGCUCCCCUGACCUGGUGGGAGCCGGGGGGCUCAGUUCGACCAGGAGGCACCAGGGUGUGUGUGUGUGGGGGGGGGUGCACCCGGGCCUUGGCGAGGGCCCCGCACAGGGACGGCCCUGCUGGACACCUCCUACGGCCGGUGCCUCGGGACAUGAGGCUGCUGGAUGGAAGACCAGGGACAAUUCGAAUUCGGUACAGACCGAUUUUUAAAGAAGUCACAUGGAAAACCGGCCUGCCCACUCCCGAGGCCAGCCACAUCCCCGAGCGCUGGGUGGUGGGCAGGAGUCCAGGAAUAGCCUUUGCAAAGCAAAGAGGCCGCUUGGAACCUGAGUGCCCUGCUUCAUUCCGGUGCCACCUCGGAGCAGGGGUCUCCCUGCCCUGCAGAGUUGCGCCACCCGGUACCCGGUGUGACCUGCAAGCCAGCUCUGAUCGCGGCCGGGGCCCAGGGAGCUGCCACCCCGCUGUAGCCUAGUUUUUGACCGAGUCAAGCCACGCCAGCAGGAUCCGGGCAGCGGCUCAGGAAAACGCAAGUCUUCGCGCUAUGGCAGGGGAAAUGGGAGACUACGGAUGUGCUUGCCCCACGGCGAGAACGAGACGCCCUCCCUGCCCUCAGAGUGUGGAGAGAUCGGACGUCGAGCCGGCUCUCCUGCCCUCCUUUUGGGAUUUAACAACAAACACUGAGGUCAGUGCUUGGAAAUGGGAACUUCCCACUAAUUAAUUUGGUAUUUAUUUGUGAGAACACAGAGCUUUAAAAGCACAGGCGAUCUGGAAGACGCCGACCGAGCAUUUUAGCCUGGCCCAGCCGUGACCUCCGAUGUCCUCCUGAGGGUCCCCUGCACGGAGGCGUGUCCCCAACACAAGAAGAUAGGCCACGCU